AUGGAAGGGCUAGAUCAAGCCGUUCUCAAAGCUUGCACAGGGCCAUCAUCGGAUUACUUUGAUGGAAGAGUCAAACUCUUGAUCACUUUGGCUAACGAUAAGUUGGCAAACUUCUAUGCGCCGUGGGGUGUGCAUUGGACCAGUCCUACAUCUACCGUUGUUCUUCUCGUUCUUAAAACCUGGGCAACAACCCAAGGUUUUGGAUGUGAUGAAGAGGAAGUUGCAAGCCAUCUCACAGCAACGGCAACGAAAAUGAAUACAUCUCAACCACUACCAGACAGACUAUUGUGUGCAUAUGUGGCAUUGGAACCCACAGAUACAGAAGAAGAGUCUUUAGCGGAAUUAGGAUUAUUACCCCGCAAAGCCAAUACUAAAUAA